AGAAUAAAAUUAAUUAGGUUUCCAAGACCGAUAGUUUCCAUAUGUGAAUAAAAUUAAAUUUCAAAACAUAAUUAUCCAAACGCACAUGGUAUAAUAUCUUUCCAGAUUCACUAUGGUCUAAAAUUAAAUGUACAAAAUUAAAUCUAUCCAAAAGAAUAAUCAAGUUUCCAAAAACAAACAAAAUGAUAUCUCUCAUAUUUAAAUUGCCUCACUUAUAAAUAUCCCCCCUUCAUCUUGGUGGCUCAUAAUAAAUUAUUAUUCUCUGUAAUUAAACAUGAAGCAUUUUUCUCUAAAUACAUUAUUGUGCACAAUUGUUGUGGCUUCAAUUGCAAUAGCACCAUGUGAAAGCGAUGACAAACUCAUAACACAAACAUGCAGCAAGACACCAUACCCUUCCCAAUGUUUUGGUUACAUAAAAGCUGUUUAUGAUAGCAAGGAUGUUAGGGAUGUUCCAGGUCUCGGAAUAAUCAUGGCAGAAGUUUUGAAACUCAAAGCACAAGAUCCCAAAGACAUUCUCUUCGUAUUGCUUGGGGUGGGAAAGAGACCAGACAUUCAGGCUCAGUUGAAAACUUGUCUUGAAAGUUACAGUUUUAUUAUCAAUACUGCUAUACCUGCAGCCAUUGAUUCUUUCAAAAUUGGGAAACCCCGUUUGGCUGAAGAUUAUGCUAACACUGCUGCACUUGUGGUUAGUAAAUGUGAGAAAAGCUUCAAUGGAAAAUCGCCAAUCACUAAGGAGAACAAUAUUACUCAUGAAAUUGCUCGCAUCCUAGGAGCUAUUGCUAAACAAUUAUAGUAUAUAUAGUUCAAUUAUUACAUAAUGAAUUUAAUCUUCAUGUAUUAUCAUUAUCAAUAAAAUUUUUAUAUAAAUAAUUAAUCG